AUGGAUGUCCACGUAGUGCUUAAUAAAAGCGAAGCUGAUAUUACACCAGAAGAAAAAUGGAGGUUAGAGCAUAUAAAAAUGCAAGAGCAACAUCGUGGACACGAGUCCAUGCAUAUGGAAAUGGUAUUGAUUCUCAUAUUUACAGUCAUGGUUAGUGAAGUUAUUCUUAUUACAUGGAAGCAAAGGCAUUACAAAUCUUAUCAGCUUGUAACGUUAAUAGGCAUGUGGAUCAUUCCAAUGUGCGUAGCCGUAAAAAAUCUUUGGUGGAGAUUCAUAUUCUUAUGGUUAGUAUUCUCCUGUAUAACGGGACUGAUAGUAAGAAAGACCGUUCAACGACCAAUGGAAGGCACAACACCAAGAUUAGUGUAUAAAUGGUUCUAUUUUAUUUAUAUACUUAGUUAUUUUCUGGGAAUAAUUGGCUACUUUGUUAUAUUGGCGACAUUUUUUGGCUUAAAUCUUGUUUUUGAUAACAAACCACAGGUCUGGAUGGAUUUUGGAUUAUUGUUCCUGUUUUAUGGUCUGUAUUUUGGAGUCCUAGGUAGAGACGUUGCAGAAAUAUGUGCCGAUAAAAUGGCUGCGCACAUUGGAUAUUAUAAUCCAGGAAGCAUGCCGACUAGAGUCCUAGAUCCUAAUGUGUGUGCAGUAUGUGGAAAUAAACUUCUAGUAUCGGAGCACGAAGAGGGUGUUCUUGAAAAUACCUAUAAACUUAGUUGUAAUCAUGUUUUCCACGAAUUUUGUAUUCGAGGAUGGUGCAUCGUUGGAAAAAAGCAAAUUUGCCCUUACUGUAAGGAGAAAGUCGAUUUGAAAAAGAUGUUUCAUAAUCCAUGGGAGAAACCUCAUGUUUUGUAUGGACAACUGUUAGAUUGGCUGCGGUGGCUGGUUGCCUGGCAACCAGUUAUAGUAUUCCUAGUGCAAAGUAUUAAUUGGAGUCUUGGACUUGAAAUAAAGGAGUCGCCAAUGCAGAACGAGCUGCAUACAAGUAGUGAAAAGGCUAUACUAACAUAAACAAAAUUAUUGAAUUUAUAAUGAACAAAAUUAUCGUAAAGCUAAAAUGCUAUUUUUCAAUGAAAAAUUUCCACGAGGAUCUACAAGGACAAAUAAGAGGUUGUAGAUACGUAUUCAUAAGGAAUAAGUAUUGAAACAAAAUCUUUUUAACACAAAAUGAACACAAGUAUUUGAAUGAACAAAACCAAAUGUGCAGAAUAUUUAAAUUUUUUAUAAUCAAUUUAUUAAUUAUAAUGUAUCUCUACGUA